AUGGGCAACUCGCAGGGAUCUGGACUGUUCGGCGGCAAAUGCUGUUUGGGCUUGGGAGGAAGCAGCGACAUGCAAAGCAUGGUGUGCGGCCGCUCGAACGAGUACGACUUGUCAGUUCAGGUGGCAGUAAAGGGCGCGGAGGAUGACAUGCGGUCGAACCUAUGCUUGGUGUUCACACUGCUGCAACUGGUCUACAUCACUGGGUUGGUUUUAGUUGCAGGCAUGCUGCGCUUUGCAUGCGGGAAGCAAUGCCGCUACAUGCGGAUAAGAUGGAGCAGUAUUUGGACAGUCCCUGGUUCAAGCCCAGUCUUGUCACUUACGGCCUUUGCCAAGUUCACCAUCAAAGUGGAUCAGCUGCAGAAGCUGCACGAGCAAGCUGGGCUCUCAGUUGCUGCUAAGCGGAUCUGGUGUCGCAGAGACUUGCAUUGGCUUGUUUGUGCUCAGAUCGGAAGUCAUCUUUCUUAUUUUGAAGCCCACAUGCUGGUGGAUGAUGCGACCAGCGGCACCCCGGCGCGGCUAAAGCCGGCCUCUGACGGACUAGUGUAUGCAGUCUGGGACUCCUCGAGGCAAGAGGGCAUGGUCCACUUGUCCACUGAAGCAAAGCAGCAGCUGAGUGCUCUGAGAUUUAUUCCUUUGAUCCUGGGCUUUCGCAAUGAUGACGGCAGGCUGCAGGAGCUCAGGAUAAAGACAGAGAUCUCUGAUUCAGGCAAAGAACGUGAACGGAAUCAGCUUUUGGCCAUGGUCAUGAGGCUGAAGGAUCGGGGCAGCUGGAAGGAGGCGCUGGAGCGGUGUUUUGACAUCAAAUUUGCCAUACCGCAGGCUGCCCAAGACGGUCUCUUCCACAUCGCGAAAGACGCGUACAAGUACGAAGAGUACACAGCAGAGUCGGAAACCGUCCCAGACAUGCUCACCACGUACAAGACCCACAACGUGGUUGUGACCAUCAAGGAUAAGACGCGAAAAGAGCUAGCCAACUUGGGCUUGCCAGCUGGAAAGGAUUUCAGCACAGAAAACGGCCAGACGAGGUGGACAUGGGCACCUGUAACGAAUGACAAAGAAGACGAGCUUAUGCAGCUCCUUUCUCAACACGGUAUUGAUGUGUCGGAAUUUACUUGGCAGAGCUUUGUGGAACUCUACUCAGAGGUCUACGAGAAGUCCUUAUCUACCAUCCAGAUUGUCGAUGGACAGCUGGUGCGCAAGGUGAGGGUUGUGAAGGUCUGGCUUGAAGCAAAUUUGCUCAGCCAGAAGCAUGUGCUGAUCAUCAAGACCAAGCAGCAGCAAGGACGCGUGCAGAACAUCCGCAGCAUCAGAACCCUAUCUAUGCGCAUGCGGGCUAUGCAGCAAUGGGCAGAUGCUGUGAGUGAGGCGCUCUUCCUUCGCCUCGGCAUUCCAGAGCAGCAGCAGCAGGAACUGCUCAGCGUGACCAACUCAGAGACGCGAGAGGAGGUUGAGUUCUCCGUCAGCUUUCCUGGCUUGAAGACGGUGUACACCAUCAUUGAGGUUCGCUGUGAGGUUUUGAACCCACAGGACCAGCGAUGGCAAUACAUUGGCUUGCCGUCAGCAGAGGAUUUCACUUUCUGCCGGCAGGAGCAGCUUGCUACCGGUGAGUACGACAUGGUCCUUACCAGGUGGGGCUGGACGAAUGCUACGGAGAUAGAGUAUGAGUCCCGCAAAGGCCUUUCAAGGCCUAGCCACUAUGAUGCCAACAAAGAUCAAGCUUCUCUGGCAAUGCAGCUUGACAAGAGCAAGAAGCAGGUGGUACCUCCAGAGCCUUUGCCUGUGAGUGGCAAGGAUGAGCUGCUGAUCAUGCGGGUCAUGGAUGGAAAGGCCACGGAUUGGGCAAGAGCCCGCCGAGCUGCCGAGCAGAUACGCAGCGCGAACUACACCACCAAGGACUUUUACAGUGACUUGGUGGCGGCUUUUCCGGAGCUGCGCUUGUACUGCGUUGUUCGGGAGACUGCACCCCACGGGGAUGGCCGAGUGCUGCUACCAUCAAUCUCUACCCUUACUACUUCUGCCAGCCGAACAGGUGAUGAUGAAUACCAGCGUACCAUUGGAGCUCUCUUCUGCAUCUUCUGGCUGAUGCGAAUGCAUCUGGAUGGAAAGGAGUCUUUCUGCUUCGGGCUGGACACAGACUGGAAGCCACGCAACAGGUCUCACUUCCAGGAGCCAGAGCUGGAGGUAGAGUACAAGAGGCGCAAAAGUUUUUACGAGAAGACUGACUGGGCCGCAAUUGAAGGCCUUUUUGUUGGGGCCGGCUUGCUGAAGAAGGCUGGUGGCCCGCAUGAUGUCGAGAGAACCCUGGCAAUGCUUGUGUUGAUGACCGUGCAUGAUGUCAUGAAGCUCGACAUCCUCCGCCCAAUUGUUGGGAUAGGAGAGUUUGCGGGCUAUAAGAACGGCGAGCCCAUCGGUGACCACGAUGUGGCACUGAGCUAUGUGCUCGAACGAUGCCCUCAAGCGCUGCCUUCUUUUGCGGGGCUUUCUCCUGAAAUGCAGGAGAGCAUCAGGUUCACCCACUGCAAGUUGGACUACAACAUGGGCUGGCUUGUGCAAGCAGAAGCUCCACCUGGAGCAUUGUUCAAGGCCUUCCGCAAGGUUGUUUUGGCUGGAGCUGCUUCCGACCAAAAAUCUGCCAGUAACAUCGCCUUCUACUUUGUUCACUGGUUCGCGGAUCUGGCAGGCGCAGAAGCCUUUCCCCUCCAAGGCUGCGAAAAGUUCGUGCUGAAGUUUCCGCAGCAAGUCCUCAGCAGCUUUAUCGAUUCAUUUGCUGUGGUCUGGAAUCUGGGCCCAAAGACAGAGACAGAAGUGUUUGAGGAGUACUUGGUGUGGCGGUGGGGUAAUAUGGAGCAGCGGCUUGGCCCUGCUCCCACUGGCUUCGGCGCCAUUGCCAAGAUGCGAUUGGUUCUCAUGGCCCAGGGUGACAACCACGAGGUGCUCAGGCAAUUCAGUGGCCUGAAGAAAUCAGACCAGCAAAUCUUGGGCCAGGAGCUUGCGAUCACGGGGUGCUCAAACCAGAAGUUUAAGCGUGACAGCUACAAGGAGGUGGGCGGUCCUGCAAUACUGGUCUACUAUGCACCUGCGUUGAUGCAGAAAGCUGGCAAGCAGGACCCUGCUGGUGCCCUGAUUGUCAUGGCGGAGAUCUUUCGACAAGCAAGAUCUCUGUGGCCACUGUCGAAGAACCAGGAGGAUUGUGACAAAACGAUUCUGGCCCAGCUCCCAGACAAGCGUGGCAUUUUUGGCCAGCAAUCUUGGCGUCUUGCCCUGCCUGGCCACUCGUUUUUGCAAAGUCUCAGCGGUCGAUGUCUGCACCGCUUCCCUGAGUUAGAUUCCAACAAGGACCUAAGAAGAGGACCAACUACCUUUCUUUUGCGCAGAGCCGAAGAAUAG